CACGAACUUUUUUUGGGGGGGUUUAAAUCUAUCACAAAGUUCAGAACAAAGGAUUAUCGUACGAGUCUAUUGAUUCACCUGUCUCUGUCUUGCAAAUUACCGACCGAUGGUGUCGAGUCGGUGUACAAACCCGCUCCUGUGCAUGCCUGCUUCCGAUCCAGGUUUGGCCCAGGGCCCAGGCGCAUCGACUCCAGGUCCAGGCUUGGCCCGCUCGCGAAGCCGCCGUCUCUCUCCUCCCCGGCUCCCCAAGGCACCGGACCACCUCAUCGGCGGCACUGUCGAGGGUCCGCAGCUUAGCAAUUGUCUGAUGUGCUGAUCCGUGAAUCAUCUCCCGUCUUCCCAACCCGUCUCCCACGCUCCCACCUCGCCAGUCGCCGCCCGAUCGGACGCGCUGGAUCGCCGGCGGCCGGCCGCUGUCGAUCCGACGUGCAGCAGUCUGCUCUUCCUGCCGUUCCCCUGCGCUUGGGGCCCAUAAUAGCACGCAUCUCGCCGGCUCAAGAGCAUCGUGGAUCUGACCGGAGGAGGCCGCCGUCGACGCUGCUCCCUCGGCGAUGGCGAGGGUUCGGGACAGGACGGAGGACUUCAAAGAGGCCGUCCGAGUCGCCGCGCUCUCCCAUGGAUACACGGAGGCCCAACUGGCCGCGCUCAUGUCGUCUUUCAUCAUCCGGAAGCCGUCACCCAAGUCGGCGUUCACUAAUGCUGCGAUCAAGACGCUUGAGAGCAUCAGGGAACUUGAGAGCUUCAUAGUGAAGCAUAGGAGGGAUUAUGUGGACCUGCAUCGCACUACCGAGCAAGAGAGGGAUAGCAUUGAGCAUGAAGUUGGAGUUUUUGUAAAAGCAUGCAAGGAACAGAUUGAUAUCUUAAAGAACAGGAUCCAUGAAGAAGAGAAGAAUGGAAGUGGAAAGACAUGGCUUGGCACUAGGGAUGAGAGUUCACGGUUGGACUUGAUAGCCCAUCAGCAUGGCGUGGUUCUAAUUUUGAGUGAGCGUCUCCACUCGGUAACUGCACAAUUUGAUCGUCUUCGGUCCAUGCGUUUUCAAGAUGCUAUUAACAGAAGAAUGCCAAGGAAGAAGAUUCAGAAGAGACCAGAAAUCAAACCUGCUGAAUCAUCCAAGUCCAAUCUUGUUCUACAAUCUGAUGUAUCAAAGAUUGUAGAACAGGAAGUAUCUACAGCACCUAUGAGAGUUCAAGAACAACUAUUGGAUGAUGAAACAAAAGCCCUCCAGGUGGAGUUGACAAGUCUUCUUGAUGCUGUCCAAGAAACGGAGACAAAGAUGAUAGAAAUGUCAGCACUUAAUCAUCUUAUGUCAACACAUGUUCUACAACAAGCUCAACAAAUUCAGUAUUUAUAUGACCAGGCUGUUGAGGCAACAAAUAAUGUGGAGCGUGGGAACAAGGAGCUAUCCCAGGCAAUCCAGCGCAACAACAGCAGUAGAACCUUUCUCCUCCUCUUCUUCUUUGUUCUCACUUUCUCUGUUCUUUUUCUUGAUUGGUACAACAACUGAAUUAGUAUACCGUGUACGAAGACAUUGUACUGUUUUGCUCAUACAAAAUGAUCAAAUUAUGAAAGCUGUCUGUCUAUUUGAAGUCCUGAUCUUUUAGGUACUUCGUUACUUCCCAAGCAUACUGUUCAAUGUGCUGUUCAUCUGAAUAUGCUGGGAUUUGUCAUUUCUUUUCUGGCAUGCAAGCUAGAGAAGCGAUGGGCACUGUACCAUGAUGCCCAAGUGAGAAGAACAUCGAUCAGUGAGCAAAACCAAAAGCUGCAAUUGCUCUGAAGAAACAAUCUAUGUGGCUUUUGCUUCUUUUGAUCUGAAACUUGUUCCUCUAACCAUCCGAAGAAACAACUGACAAUCUGAAACUUGCUGAGCAAAUCACUAUAUGAAGAAACUAUGGUGGGUGUGCUACUGAAACAAUGGUGGGUGUACUACUGAUAUUUUGGUUUUGUUCCUCUGUAGAAACAAUAUUUCAGUACGUGUUGAGGUGCUGCAAUUUCUAUUUGUUUCAGUUGAUCUGUGCAGCACUUUUUACCAGGGGGCAACGUUACAAUUUUCCCACCGGUCUGCACACACUUCAUAUUCCCAAAUCAGUUAGGGUUUUGUAUUUUCUGUGAUAGAUCAGUGGAAAUUGUGCUGCAGAUGAA